GCUGCGUGCAGUGGCGGUGGCAGGGACGGCAAGGGCGACUGAGAGGGGCGUGGGUGAUGGCCGCACCACGGCCCGUCAGCUCGAACUCCAGCUCCAGGAGCUCGUCCCGACCGCGCCCGCGCCCCACAGGCCAGCAGCAGCCUGCUGCGCAGGGUGGGCUCUACGAAGCCCAGAAGCGGAUCCUGGAUCUAGAGAAGAGCCUGCAAUUUCUGCAGCAGCAGCACUCGGAGACGCUGGUCAAGCUCCAUGAGGAGAUCGAGUACCUGAAACGGGAGAACAAAGAUCUCCACUACAAGCUAAUAAUGAAUCAGAAGCCACAAAAGAAAGGAAGCAGCUCCUCCUUGAGCCUCCAGUCCAACAAAUCCAUUUCCAACUCAGUAUCAGCUACCGUUCAAGCCAAGACCAGGUCCCAGCCUGGCUCCUGCAGGAAACAAGAGUCGAAAACUGACAUCUCCCAGAAGAUGGACUUAGAAGAACAGCCACUUGGUGCUUCCAUGAGUCAAAGCAGCAAGUUGGACAGAGUCCCUGGGGUACAGGGCCAGACCAAAGACGAGGAUGCGGAGAUCUCUAAUUCAGUGGCACCCUUGGUAGGGAGCAGCCAGCACAGGGGAAAGCAGGUGACAGGGGCAGCUGCCUCACUGAGCCUGCCCCCACACCUGCGCAAGCCCACCACAGUGCAGCAGUGUGAGGUGGUCAUCCGGCAGCUGUGGAAUGCCAACCUUCUGCAGGCCCAAGAGCUGCAGCACCUCAAGUCUCUCCUAGAGGGGAAUCAGAGGUCUAAGGCUGUCACUGAGGCCAGGUCUGGCUCUCUCAAGGACCAGGAGGCCAUGCAGUUCCCCAAGGUCUCCACCAAGGGCAUCUCUAAGAAGUGCCUGAUUCUGAGCCCAAUGUCCACGGCAGAGCGAGGCAUCCUGCCUGCUCUGAAGCAGAGCUUGAAAAGCAACUUCGCAGAGCGGCAGAAGCGGCUGCAGGUGGUGCAGAACCGGCGCCUGCAUCGCUCGGUGCUCUGAGCCAGCGUCCGGCAGCUCUGCUGCCCUCUCCCUUCCCCUCCCACGGAUUCCACUACUUUUCAGCCACUCAAUUCCAAGUUAGACAAAAACCAUGACAGAUAAAGUACUUAAUCUCGGAGCUGAGAAACUAUUUUCUCACUACUGUUUUGCUAUUCUUUAUUUACACAAAAGCACAUUAUUACCAUUUGAAAACAGAAAAUAAAGCUUGUUUCACCUA